UUGACGAGUUCCUACUGAACGGAUACAGCUAUUGAAAGCUAAAGGUCUGUGCAACUCAGCAUAUUCUCUACCUUUUAAAUCUAAGGGUGCUUGGUGACGAAUAUGAGUGUGCUCGGAGAUGGUUUACGGGCUCCUGGAUUAAGGCAGUUUGAAGCGUGCGCUCGGGGUUGAAGCAGACCUUUGCUCUGCAGAUACGAGCAGAAGCAGAAGAGAUUGGCGGUUUGGACAUGUAGGCACACCAGUCCACCUCCUGUCCUCCCUUCCUCCUUCCAAUUGUGAACCACCUUUAUCCUGCUAGAGAGGAGAGCGAACAUCAAGAGAAGUCAAGAAGACGAAUACAAACAGAUUAUGGUUGAAAAGAGUAACUGGCCAAUGGUUUGAAGAACUAAGGAAAGCAAAAUUCAAUGAUCAGACUGACUUAAGGAAACUACUUAAAGUGCCGCGUACCUGGAGCUUUAGAAAGGAAAGCCAAACUGCUUUAACUGACUCGAAGCUUACACAAUCCAAAGGAGGUGACAGUGGAGAUCGUGUUUCCAGGCCUGCUACUACUGCUGCUGACUCUGAUAGACAAAACAUGGAGGCUGUCCUGGAGCAAGACCAGUGCAGUAGACACAAAUUGUUGCAGUUAGAAUCACAAGCCAUGUUUCAGCAACUCCAGGUACAGUUGAAGCCAGCUACAGUUCCCUGUGUCAAAAGAAAAAUGUACAUAUAUCAUGACAUUUGUAAACACGUUAUUGAUAAUGAACACCCUGAAAUCCCUGGCCAAGACUCAGAAACAAAGACCGGCAAUGUUGCUGUUGAUGAAUGUGAGAAAAUUACAUCAAUGGAAAAUGUAAGUUAUUCAAAGUUGCAGAAAAGUAUCGCAGAAGAGGAAGCUGUAAAAAAUGACGUGCUGCAUGGCCGAGCAAGAUUACACAGAAAUGAUGAUAAAAUGAAUACUGCAAAGUUAAGAGAAAGCACUGAGGAAACAUCACUCCUCGUUGGAUGCAACAAAGAAAAUACAAGGCACACUUCUCAGUCAAGUGAUGUUCUUGCUACUGAGCAACCAGGAAGUGAUUGCACUCAUGUUGACACGGGUCGUUAUAAGGCAAACAAUGGAAUAUCAUCAAAUCUAAAAACUGACCUAUUGUCCUCCAUUAUUCAGCCCAAAAAUAUGCUUCGGGAUCAACCAAUAAUCAAUAGUCAUGAUGUUCCAAUAAGAUCAAAUUCCAUUUGCUAUUUGUCGCAGAACAGAUGUGAAAAACGAAGAACAUCAUUAUUUGAUCUCCUGAUUGAGUCACAGAUUCUUCCAGAUAUUUCCAAUAGGCAGCAAAAUUGUUCAUCAAACAAUAUUUGUGAACCGUCACAGAGAAAUGAAGGUGAUUCAGCCAGCAAUAGUGAGCCUGUGCCAUUCGGCUCAACGACAGGACCAAGAAGCCUCAACAUUGGUAAUAAAAAGGUGCUACAGCGAAAUUGGUCAGAUAGUUUUCUCAACGUUUCACAAAAAACUGACAGUGCCAUUCUAUUACAAGACAGUAAAUCUGAAGCCAGUCUUGCAGCUUCAUCGCCUGAUCCGGUAUGCAUUCCACACUCUCUGCUUUCCACGUUUACUAAUAGCAGGGGCAGUAGUAAUGCAGUAAAUCACAAUAAUAUCAAUUCUGAAAGUAAAAACAUCAGUGAUUCUUUACAUAUCAAUGAACUUAAACCCACACCUUCACUUUCAUUGCUGGAUCCAGGGUGUCAACCAAGAGCUGCUUCAUUUAUCACAAUCAACAGCAGAAGGAGGCAACAGUACCCUGAGUCAAAUGACACUAACGUUUUUACACCAAUAAAAUGUAAUGAUGACGAUUUACAACAUUGUAGGGAUGGAAAAGAAAGGGCCACUUUGUUUGCAAACCUAAAAGCAGAAACCCCUUCAGUGAUUACUCUUACCUUGAGCAAGACCAGAAUGGAACUUGCCACAUCAAGAGAUGCUGAUGCUUCUUUGCCAGACAAUGAAAAUAAUGAUAGGAAACAAAAUUUUAAGAUCAAAGGAAGAAGCACUUCUUUAUUACCAAUCCAGCUAAUUGGUUCACAACUAUCUACGGGUGACAAGAACAAAGAUGUGGUACCAGCAUGUACAUCAAGCAGUAUAGAUACAGCCCUGCACGUUGGUGAUGAUGAUUAUUUACAAAAAGCUAAACCUGAAAUAGGUCAGGAACUUCCUGCAGAUCCAAAAAUAGCACCACAACAUCUAAGAAAUGUAGUUUCUAACAAUAAUGGUGCAGUGCAGAGCAAUCCUUCGAAAUCUGAUGAUGUCAACUUAGAAUGUGUGAAUAGUACUUUACAAUAUGAAUCAAAAACAAGUGAUGCAACUGAAAUGAGUAUAAUGCAGUCUCCAAACUAUGAGAACCAGGUGGUUUUUAACCAAAAAUCAUCAUCAAACAAUACCAGCCUUACUUUGGAUGCUAAUUCUAUGCAAAAUAAUAAGCCACUAUAUAUGAUUAUAUCACCUAAAGUUCUCAGUCACAAGUACCAGUUGCUGGAUGACUCGGUGAGGAGUACUGGUGUAACUGCAGAAAGGACAGUUCAUAACUAUAAAUCUGAACCCAACCAUGUACUUUCAUUACCAGAUACUACAAAAGCAUCUCCUUUGAAUAUUAAAAAUGGCAUGAAAAAUACUUUGCAGAAUAUGCCACCACACACAAUCAGUGGUAACUUAUCAGAAAUACCUGGUGUUGAUAAUAUGCAAAAUUAUAAAUCUGAAGAGGCCAGCACACCAUCAUCAAGUGUAACAACACAAUACUUGUCUACAGCUUUCAUACAUACCAAUGAAGGCAAGUUAUCAAAAAACUACCCUGAUGGUGGAAAUAGCAAUGCUGCACAGCGAAACAGAUGUGAAACAUUUCCAGAAACAAUGAAAGAUCAGCAAUCCACUGUAACUAAAACACAAUUGAGGCAAGGUGCCUCACUCGGUGGAGGCAAUGAAUAUUUACCAAAGGAUAAAUCUGAAACCAGCAGUAACCUUAUAUCAGAAAAUUCACAAGUUGGCCAAUGCAUUCUUUCAGCCAACAUGGAUGGCAGCCAAAAGAAAUCACAAACUAAUUUCCCACUUGGUGGUAAUAUUCCCAUGGCUACCAUAAGUGUCGAGAAUUACCACCCUGAAAACAAUAUUCCAUUUUCAUCACAAGAUGCACUGACUGUCGAUCAGUCUUCUACAAAAGGUCACAACAAUAUAGACAAGCUGCUGUUUCAUUCCCCAGUGAGGUUGAGCACUAACAAGAAUUUGGAAGAUUACCACUCUGAGAACUACCCUGCUGUUUUACUACCAGAUACUCCAUUUGGUUUGAGGGCUUCUUCAAGUAUUAAACAUGGUACUAGAAGCACACUUCAAAACUGGGAACUCAACACUGAUGACAACACCAAGAUUAGAGGCAUUUCUAAAGAAUACAAACAAACUGAUCAUUCCAAGACCGAUGUUGCCUUUUCUUUACCAAAUGUGGUUUCUGAACAGUUGACACUUAACAAUAUUGGUAUCACUGGGGACAGAAAAAGUCUUGACUAUUUGCAAACGUUGAAAUCUGAAAUCAGUACUCCAAUUAUGUCAAGUGGAGUCACUUAUCAAGUCUCUCCUAUUUAUAUGAUGUACAACAAAGAUAAGCAACUAAAUUAUUUGGCAAACACUGUUGAUGUAAGGAGAGUUAUUGAAGAUCAUACACAGUGCAACAAAUCUGAAACUACUUGUGUAUCUUCAUCCUUGGAUCUGGUGACCAGCCAACCACCCCUGGUAAAAACCACCGAGAGCAAUAGAUGUGAGUCACUAAAUUACUCACUUGACGAUUAUGUUGACGUUGUGAAUACUGGACUUAAUAAGACCUUGGAAAAGGCCACCUUAAAAAUUUGCAGCAUUGAUCCUUCAAUGGAUCCACCUGAUUGUCCGGCUGACACUGUACAACAUUUAAAUGAUAGAUCGCUAUCAGUGAACUUGGAUUUAUGUUUAGAUCAGCUGGAAUCUCCUAUUGCUACCACAAAUAUAAAGAAAAAUGCACUGCCAGAUUAUUCUGAUGAAGGGCCUUGUGAUCAAAGCAAAUCUGAAAAUUUGGCUGGAACAAAUACACCAGCCUCAUCGUCAACUGGAAUGAACACUCAGUGGUACACUUCAAAUAACUAUCCAAGCAAACACCCAGUUCAUCCUUCAGACAGUAUUGGCAUCCAUGUAGGUGUCGAUGAGUACUUACAAAACAACAAAUCAGAAAGCCAUGCUGUAAGUCUGUCUCCAGAGGUAUUGACUGAUAUAAAGGCUACAGCAACUAAAAUAGAAAUAAAUAAAGAUACACUGCAACAUGAUACAUCAAAUGAAACUCUUCAUGAUAAGAAAUCUUAUGACAUAUUUGCAGUUAAGCGAUUGCAUGAAACAAACAGUGUACUUUCAUCACCUUCAGUGACUAGGAAGAGGUCUCCUAUAGCUGUUGAAAACACUCACAAAGGCAGUUCACAACCUCUUACCCUACUCGGUGGAGAUAUCACAAUGGAUAGGGGAUAUGAAGUAUAUUUAGAAAAGGACAACAGUGAAUUAUCAACCUCUGGUUCAUCAACUGACUUACAACCUUCUUUAAAUAUCAUGCAAAACAUAACCAAGUCACGCACACAUUUCCCACUCAUUGACAACAUCUCUGUGGGUUCAGACAAUGAAAAAAAUGUGGAAUAUUGCCAAUCAGAAAAUCACAGUGCAGUUUCACCAACUGCAUCUACUGCCCUGAGGUCUCCAACAAAUCUCACAGCAGGUGGAAUAAAAAAUGCACAAAAUUUAUCCCCAAAUAACACUUUUUAUAGAAGAACCUAUAUCAGCAAUGCACAGGAUGAGUCAAAAACACUAGAUAUGUUGAUUGCUGAACAGCCUUCCACAAAUGCCAAUGGUAUGCCAAAAUUUUCAACAAUACCAACUAACAAGUAUGUGACUAAAUGUGAGUCAUUGAAUUGUUCAGCAGACAGUUCAGUCACCACUGAGGACAAAGACAAUGAGAUUUUACAAAAAACCACCAAACCUACGCACCCUCAUUUGGUAACUGAGCUCAACUGUUCUACAAAUAUCCCGCAAGACAAAAUAUUGUUACUGACCCAAUUCCCACUCAAUUAUAACACCACCCUGGGUGCAGAAAGUAUCAAAACGAUAGAAAAGUGCCAACCUGAAGAAAGAUGUCCAGUUUCAUCACAAGAUGGAGUAACUGGACAAAAGUCUCUUACAAAUUUGCACAAUGACCGAGACAAGCCAUUGACUCAUUUAUUGAAGAGUGGUGAAAUGGAAAUAAAUGAGUAUUUUCAAAAAGACAAGCCUAAAAUCACCAAUGUCAUUUCACCAGUUAUCUGUCAUCACCAUGCUGCAAGUGUUACAGAUUUAACGAAGGAUACUUUGCAGCACUGUACAACAAAGGUAACUGACAUCUACCAUCGUAAGAGACCAUCAAACAGAUUCAAAUUAAAUCUUUUACAUAGAGCAAAGAGUGUUCCCUCACUACUUGAAAUGACUGGGCAAUGUCAAACUGAUAAUAUCUCAUUCUGCAGCAACCAAGAAAAAUCAAAGACUCUUAGUCCACUCAGAGAAAAUGUCAAUCUGUUGUCGAGUGACAAAAAUGUAGAAAAAUACCAAUCUGAAAAAUACCAAGCAGUUUCAUCAAUAGAUGAAUUGAACAAACAGUGUAUCCUUACAAAUACUACACAUGACAGCAAGGAUACAAUCCAGAAAUACCUGCCAAAUAUUGAUGGCAUAAUUGUCAACAGAGGAUUUAAUAAUAAUUAUGAUCUACAAGAUAGAUGUGAGACUAAGUAUAUACCUUUACCACUGAAUCCAGUAUCUAGCCAGUUGCCUCAUAUAGACAUUGCACGCAAUAAUGAAAAAAAGCCACCAAGUCAAGUCUUAAACAAUGCUGUUGAUGCUGCAUACACCAAAAGUCCUGACAAUCUUGAAAAUAAAAGAGCAGUUUUAUCAAGAGAUAAAGUUACUCAACAAAUAUCUCCUAUAAGUACAGCACACAGCAAUAAGAACAGACUACUGAGUCAUUCAUCAGUUAUUGCUGGCACUGUUUUGAGCAAAAUUGAUAAAUUUAACACAAUGUAUGAACUUCCAAUGCUGGACCCAGUGAUCAGCCAACAGCCUUCCAGUAGUUCAUUUAUGACUCUGAGCGAUUUGCUCAAUAAAAAUGCUGUCGGUGCAGAAAUUGCUGACAACAAAUGUGUACAAAAGGAUGCUGCAGAAACCAACAGAAUAGCAGUAGAUUCUCAGACUGGCUUACCCACUGUUCCAACUGACACAGAUAUGAAUAAAAACAUUGGGCAGAAUUAUUUAGCAAACAUUUUUGAUACAGGUUAUGACAGAAUGCCUAAUGAGAAAUCAAACCGUAAACUUUUACAUAAAACAAAUAGUGCACCACCAUCUUCACCUAAGAGGCUCACUCAAUGCAAUACCACUAAUCUCACAUGCAGGAAUCAAGACAAGCUAUCAAAUCAUUCUAUGAGUGAUGAAAUUGUAAUGGGCAGAAGGAACAAUGAUUGCACACAAAGGAACAAAUCGGAAGCUAUUACUCCAUUUUCAUUACCGGCUUGCCAACAGCUUCUGCCCAGUGACAUUAAACGUAAGCAAGUUAAGUCAUUGACUCAUUCUCCAGUUAGAAGUGACUUCGAAAUGAACCUAGCAGAAAAUGCUCGAUCACAACACAACAGAGGAGCUUCACUGCAGUCACCAAUUGAACUGAGGUCUUCUACAGACAACAAUACUGAAUUUCAGAAUUCCUCUCCAAAGAAUGAUAUGUUUUUGAGAAGAAUUGGUAUUUACUCAGAAAAUGACAUUAGCCUUUCAGUACCAGAUCCCUUGCUAGAUGAAGAAUCUUCGAUUGAUGUCACAUGCAGCAAGAAUAGUAAAUAUUUGAGCAAGUCGAUGAAAAUUAGAGAUAUCACUUUGGAUCAAAGGUGGAAUGAUAAUUGUGGACAAACUGAUAACAAUUUAAUCAAUUGUAGUUCCUCCCCAUCUGAUUCAGCACCUGUUCUGUCUCCUAGAAAUACAUAUAACCACAGGAAUUAUUCAACAGAUAGUGGUAGUAUUUCUCCACAGGACAAUGACAUUGCAAAAGAAGAUAAAAAAAUAUUCAGAUGCAGGCAAAAAACAUUCCCUGGACGAAAGUUGGAGAAUAGGAUACCAGGAAGAUGCAUGACAAAUAGACAUACAUUGAACUCCUUGCAGCAUUGUUCUCCAGAAAACCAAAUUGGUUCAGAAUUUAUGGAGAUUAAUAACUUAGAUAUUAGGUUAAAUGCCAAUAAUGUUUUUUCUCAAUACACAGGAAGUUCAUUUAGUAUUGACAAAGAAAAUAAUUCCCUGGUAAACAAUAAUUACCAGGCAGGAACAGCCAGAUUCUCAAAAAAUUACUCCAAGUUUACAGGCUCCCAGAUGCCCAAUUUUCAGAAUGCACAAAGUAGGUAUGGCCAUAUUUUUAAGGCAAAGUGUCUGAAAGAUAUUCAUUCACAUUACAAUCAAUCGUCUCAACAAGAUCAGGAAAAUUUAUUUUCCACCAACAUCAGGCAGAAUUCUAAGCUAACUGCUCAAAAGAGACAUGUUAAGCCCUGUCAUUUGUUUUCAAGUUAUACAAAACGUAACAGACUUUAUGGAUCUUUUCCUGAUCUGUCCUUUAAUGGGAAUGAAUUUGAUUGUAACAAUUGGUCUUCAUACCAUGGCAGCUUAGACUUUGAUGAGUUAGUAAAUGGAAAUGAAGAUACAAAAGAUGUUUCUAAAGAGGAAGCAGAAAUGAAAGAUAAAUACUUAGAGAAGAUGAAACAACGCAGAUUGUGGAAACCUUCUGAGUUUCAAAAGAAAGCCUCUUCCCCAAGCAUUGAGGAUGUUUUUGAUCCACUCCCCAAUGAAGUAAACCAGGAUCCAGGGGUGAAUGAUGAUACUGUAAAGAAUAAUGAGUAUUUUCCUGUGGAUAUAAAAAUGUUCUGGCCCAAGGAAAAUCCCACAGAUAUAAUAAGACUAUUGAGUUCAACAUCCACAGGGAGUAAAAUAUCAGAGGACAGUCUUUCACCACAGUCACAUCGUAUACCAGCAGAGACUUUGAAACAGAAUAAGUCUUGUUACUCAGAUACAGACUCAGACACCACUACUGAUGAUGAGUAUUUCUUGGAUUGCACUACAACUGCAAAAGAAUCUGCAUUAUAAUACAGUUCACCACACAUAAGACUGAAUGGCGAAGUGUUUUACUGAUUUGCAACAAAUCAUGGUGUAUGACCACCUGCUGCUUUGAUAGCCAUGGACAUCUUACUAAGUGAUAACAUGCUUUCAAGUUUGGAUGAAAUGCUUAGUAACAUUGAUAUUCUCAAUAAAUAUUUCAAAACUUAUAACAUAGUUACCUCUUUUGAAUCUUUUGGCACACUUCCAGAAAAGGGAACCAAUUAUCAUAAUCUUAGAAACAUUUGAAUUUCCCUUAUGCAUUUUUGGAUAGAUUUAUAUCAUACCUGUUUACCAAUAAGUGCAUGCUUUAUUGGGGUUGUGUAUAUUUAUUGCAAUGUAUACAUAAAGCCAUCUAUUCUAAGAGCAUAAAUUUGUGGGCAUUUGAUUUAAAAAUUAGUAGUUUUUUAUUUUGGGUAAGAUCUUUCAGCAGAUUUCUGAUGCAGGAUCACAUCUGAAAUGUUAACAUAGCUUUCUGUCUUAUAAACAGAUGGCUCUGUUUUGCAGUUCCAGUUCUUUCUGUUUUCAUUUGAGAUUUUAUUUCUACCAUAGGGAGCUCAAAUCCUUGUUGCUUCAAGUUCUGUGAGCAAUCGAUGUUCAAAAUAUGUUUGAGGGAGUAGCCAAAAUAUUUUCUAAUCAAACAUGUUCCUUGUUUGAUUAUUGAUUUUACAUUGUAUGUAUAACCUACAUCUGUCAACCAAAUAAUUGUUAAAAUUGUCUUAUAAGAAAUUAUGCUGCUAAUAAAAUAGUGCCAUGUUUUUUGCAUUUGAAUAAAAUUUCCAGUUGUUUGGGUUUCAAACAAAGAACAAAUGCCAAGAAAUUCAAAUCCAGUCAGUAGCACUAAAAACACAAAGUAGAAGUAACAGUUGGAUGAUAUACUCGGCUUCUGAAAAUCAGUUCUUUUAUUUACAAUGGAUCUGAAUUUUGGAAGCAGUGUAGAUUAUGUACCUACCACUACAUAAAGCUUUUAGUGAUACCAACCGGAGCCGGUAUUUUUAGGCAAAUGUACAUGUACGGUUUGUCAAAGUGUGUACUUCCUUCUGCUUAUAUUUUCCUAAAUAUGAAAUAAAUAGAAAAAAAGUUGAAGCCUUUUUUGUAUAUUGAGGGAAAG